UCUCCUCCUGCCUUCCAUUCUAGAGAGAGAGACGGAGGCAUCGCAUCGGCCAUUGAGAGGAAGCGAAGAGAGAGCGGCGGAGGAGGCGAAGGCAUCAUCCAUGGCCGCGGUGGUCCGGAGCGUGUGGCAGGGGAUCAGGGAGAAGGGCCUCACCAACUUCCUCCGCUACGCCCGCGAAGAGGGAUACCUAAAAUGCCUUGGGGACGGAAACCUAUUGCAAACCAAAAUUCACAACAUUGGUGCAACCCUUGUAGGAGUUGACACUUUUGGAAACAAGUACUAUGAGAAACUACAUGACACUCAGUAUGGAAGGCAUAGGUGGGUAGAGUAUGCGGACAAGGGUCGCUACAAUGCAUCCCAAGUGCCUGCUGAAUGGCAUGGAUGGCUGCACCACAUUACAGACAGCACUGGGGAUAAGCUGCUGGAGGAGAAGACUAAAAAGUUCAUUAGGGAGCACAGACAGAACUACACCGGACAGGGUGAUGACUUGAUCUACCACUCCAAGGGGCAUGCUCUGAACCCAGGGCAAAGGGACUGGACAAGGUACCAGCCUUGGGAACCAAAGAAAGAAGAGGCCACCUGAUCUGAAUGGUACCUGAUAAUCCUCUUCUAUGUUUCACAUUUGGUUUGGUGUUGCCGAUCUAAAACCACCAGUCAGUUUGGUUUCAUGGACUGGUCCUGAAUAAUGUACUCUAUCUGAUACUGAAUACCUGCCACUGAACAAUUUUAAUCUGUGUGUGGAUGUGGCAAUAGAGAAACUGGCGAUUCGGUCGUCGGUGUUUGCAUUGAAGAGUUUCUUUUUCUACUGAUGUCAAUGGUGCGUGGAUGUUGAGAUUCUGAAAGGAGAUAAUAUUGUUUGGUAAA